AAGUUUCAACUGGCCGCGAGCUCGCAUCCCAGAAGAGUGCCCCGCUAAAACCCUAGCCCAGCGCAGCAACCUUCUAGAACAUUCGGUCCCAUGGCGCUCCUCCGAGCUCUCCGGCGAGCCCUCCCGCCCCUCUCCUCUCCGACGGCGUCACUACUCCGGCGCGCUCCGGUUCCUUCUCCUCUGCCUCCUCCUUUCCGCCCCCUUCGGCUCAUGGAUCCGAUCGCGCUCCGGCCGUUCUCCGCCGCCGCUGGAGCCGCCGUCGCCCGGGCGCCGGAAAUGGGGGCCAGCCUGUUCAGGGGGCUCACGGAGACCAGAUUCCCGAAGCGUCGGCCGGGGUUCGUGUCCAGGCGGAAGAGGGCCAGCCUGCGCCCCAAAGGUCCGCAUUACUGGGUGAAGUGCAAGCCGGGGGAGCCUAUCCCGUCGAGCCAGCCAAAUGAGGGGAGCGUGCAGGGGAGGAAGGAGAAGAAGCGGAUCAAGCAGCGCAAGGACUUCAUCAUGGCUGAGAAGAGGAAGCGCAAAGCACAAUAUUCUGUUGCUGUGAAGAGAAAGGAGGCAGAACGCACAGAAAGGAAGAUGGCUGCAGUGGCAAGAGAUCGGGCAUGGGUGGAAAGGUUGGCCGAGUUAAAACAGAUUGAGGCAGAAAAGAAAGCUGCAAUGGCUUAAAGAGCUCCUCUGGAAACGGCAAGGCGUCUAACUCGUCUCUGCUGCUGCUUUCAUCCCUAUUUUUCAGAUAGCCUAAAUAUGUUCUGUGCAACAGUUGUUCAAGAAUGGGACAACCCUUUUGGGUGUAACACUAGUUGUACCUCUUCUUUCAACAGCAAUCCCAAAAUGGUGGUAUUUUGUUUUAAUAUGAUGAAAAUUUCCAAUUUGUCUUCAUUGUAAUGGAGUAGUUGUUCUGUGUAUUUAGAAUAAACCAUAUGAUCUAAUUCUGUUCUUGUGAUCUGAAAUGACCGAUGUCUGCAACCUUCUGAUACAUUCAUGGUACAAAGCUUGUAUGGAAUUAGUA